AUGGGAGAGCGAAGCGGCAGCUGUGUUCAAGGACUAGACGGUUCCCGUGAUAUUAUCUACGAACGAAUUCUAACUACCGGUGAUGUAGAACCAAUCUACCUUGAAGAAGACGACUUUGCAGAAGUAUUUCGUGAAGAAGACUACAUCCAGCUCGAGGAUGGAACAUAUGUUCAAGCUGAGCAGUAUGCAGUUACACGUCAGGGUUCAUCCACUCAGCCACAGGAACUGCAGCAUGUUAGGAUAGCACCUGCUCCACAUCGUGCUGUUCAUGCAACAGGAUCAAACAUUUCGAAGGCUCCAGUUGUCUAUGCUCAGUUCAGCUCAAAUGUAAUGCAUCAGCCGCCUCUGGAUCUGCUAAGCAAGUCAAGUCUUACUAUAUCUCAACCUGUUUCUAGCACAUCAAAACCUUACUCUUCGAACUCUUCCUCCUCUACUGUAUAUCAUCCCUUCGCGCACACCUAUAAUGUAACUAAACCGAAGAAGAAACCUUUGCCUGGACAAAGAAAACCAUGUAAUUGUACGAAGUCAAUGUGUUUAAAACUUUAUUGUGAUUGCUUCGCGAAUGGUGAAUUCUGCCUGGAUUGCAAUUGCAAAGAUUGCCACAACAACUUGGAACAUGACGCGGAUCGUUCUAAGGCCAUAAAGCAGUCUUUAGAGAGGAAUCCAAACGCUUUUAAGCCAAAAAUAGGGGUGAAAAGUGGCAAAAUGGAUGCAGAGAGACUCCAUCAAAAAGGCUGUCAUUGCAAAAAAAGCGGAUGCCUGAAGAAUUAUUGCGAGUGCUUCGAAGCUAAAGUUCCUUGCACAAGCCGAUGUAAAUGUCAAGGAUGUCAAAACACUGAGGGAGAUAGAGCAAGCAGACAUGAUAGGAACAACACCACGAGCUCUGCUUUGAUGAAUCUUGCUGCAACUGCUUCCUCUGUCACUGCGGAUUCUCCGUCGUCUCCGCUGUCAGAUAACGAGUCUGACACAGAGUCUGCUUUAGCUCACAGUGAUCCACGAUCGUACCCCUGGUUCUAUAUGACAGACGAAGUAAUUGAAGCAGCAACAUUAUGUCUUGUCGCACAGGCGGAAGAAUCGUUGUCAGGAUGUCCUACAAAUACUCCAAGUAGCGUGAUUGAGGAAAUGGAACGGAUGGUGUUGGGAGAAUUCGAAUCGUUUAAGUUUCACGAACGCGUAUCUAACUUAUACAAUGACUUUCGCGAUCGUACAGUCACGGCGGAACAUCUUGAGGACUGCGCUGCGCCUGUUGGAAGAGCCCACUUGUUUCCAAGAUAUUACCGUCCCUUCAAGCACGUCAACAAAAUCUCGAGAGGAAAACAUUUCCACAAUAAGCAGGAUGCAGAAUACCGUUAG